CGCGGCGGAACCAGUGAACGAUCGGCACUGACUUCAGCCGCCCACCAGCCGCAGUCUCGCGUGGGCCUCUGCAGUGUCCGCAUAUCCAAGACUAAAGCUUGACCCACGCUGCUGACACGUACAAGGAUGUAGCCGUGCGUGCGCGCGUGUGCGUCGAAACGAGGUCGAGAGGAUGGUCGAGCGCUGAGGAGGGCUCCUACCGAGAGUGAGAUAGGGAAGCGCAGCAAUGAGCAGCGGCAACGCGAAGAAGGGCACGAGCGGCGCGGCGGGCAAGCAGACCGCCGAAGACAAGUCGAAGGGCACCUCGAAGGAGGACAGUCCGGCCGGCAGUGGCAGCGGCGGCGGCGGCGGCGGCGUCGGCGGCGUCGGCUCUGGCAAGGACGACGCGCCGACCGGGGCCGGCAGCAAUGGCGGCCCGUCGUCGCAAGAGGCCUCCCAACCCAGCAGCAAGCCCGGAAGCGCCGGGGCAACUGCCAGAGAAGCGGCCCAGAGGCUGUUGGGAGUUGCGACGCGCGGCGAGUGGUCCGCGGCCGACCAACUGCUCAAGACCCUCGAGAAGGUCGUGCAGAGCGCCGGGGAGGAGGCUAAUCUGCAGCCGCUCGCCGGUGUCAUCGACCCCCAAACUGGAAUGACACCGUUCAUGUGCGCAGUGAAAGACAAUCGCACAGCCUUCCUCGACCGUAUGAUCGAGCUGGGCUCGGAUGUGGGAGCGCGAAAUCACGACAACUACAAUGCCCUGCACAUCGCGGCGAUGUUCUCGCGGGAGGACGUCGUCAAGCUUCUACUUUCCAAGAGGGGCGUCGAUCCUUACGCGCCAGGAGGACCUAAGCAACAGACUGCAGUUCACCUCGUGGCAUUACGACAGACGGGAACUGCAACGUCUAUUCUUCGCGUUCUUCUGGCUGCGGCAGGACGGGACAUCCGUCUGAAAGUAGAUGGCAAUGGAAAAAUCCCGCUUCUGUUGGCCGUGGAAGCGGGCAACCAGUCGAUGUGCAGGGAAUUGCUCUCUCAGCAGGCACCCGAUCAGCUGAAAGCCACGACCCCGUCGGGCGACACGGCCCUGCACCUCGCGGCCCGUCGCAGGGACGUCGACAUGGUGCGCAUCCUCGUCGACUACGGCGCCGCCGUGGACAUGCAAAACGGCUCGGGCCAGACGGCGCUGCACAUCGCCAGCGCCGAGGGCGACGAGACGCUGGUCAAGUACUUCUACGGCGUGCGCGCCUCGGCGGCCAUCACCGACCACCUGGACCGCACGCCCAUGCACCUCGCCGCCGAGAACGGGCACGCGUCCAUAAUCGAGCUGCUCGCGGACAAGUUCAAGGCCAGCAUAUUCGAGCGCACCAAAGACGGCUCGACGCUGAUGCACAUAGCCUCGCUCAACGGGCACUCGGAGUGCGCGACGAUGCUGUUCAAGAAGGGCGUCUACCUGCACAUGCCCAACAAGAAGGGCGCCAGGUCCAUACACACGGCCGCCAAGUACGGGCACGUGGGUAUCAUCAGCACGCUGCUGCAGCGCGGCGAGAAGGUUGACGCCACGACCAACGACAACUACACGGCCCUGCACAUCGCCGUGGAGAGCGCCAAGCCUGCCGUCGUGGAGACUCUGCUGGGCUACGGGGCCGAGGUGCACGUGCGGGGCGGCAAGCUGCGCGAGACGCCGCUGCACAUAGCCGCCAGGGUCCCCGACGGCGACAGGUGCGCGCUCAUGCUGCUCAAGUCCGGCGCCGGGCCGAACCUCGCCACCGACGACGGGCAGACGCCGGUGCACGUGGCCGCCAGCCACGGCAACCUGACCACGCUCAAGCUGCUGCUGGAGGACGGCGGAGAUCCGAUGUUCAAGUCCAAGAGCGCUGCACAGAACGGCGAGACCCCGUUGCACCUGGCCUGCCGCGGAUGCCGAGCGGAGGUGGUGCGCCACCUGAUCGAGUUCGUGCGCGAGAAGAGGAACCCCGAGGUCGCCACCAGCUACGUCAACAGCCUGACCUUCGAGGGCGCCUCGGCGCUGCACUACGCCGCGCAGAUCGAGCCGCACGAGGUGGUGACGCCGGGCGACGACCGGGCCAUCGUGCGAGCUCUGCUGGAGGGCGGCGCCGACGUGUCCGUGCAGACUAGGCAGGCGCAGGAGUCCGCCUUCCAUUACUGCGCCACCGCCGGCAACAACGAGGUGCUGGCCGAGAUCAUCAGCCAGAUGUCCGCCACCGAGGUGCAGAAGGCUCUCAACAAGCAGAGCGCCGUCGGCUGGACGCCGCUGCUUAUCGCCGCCCACAAGGGCCACAUGGACAUCGUCAACACGCUGCUGGCCAAUCACGCGAGGGUCGACGUUUUCGAUCUGGAGGGCAGGUCGGCGUUGCAUUUGGCUUCCGAGCACGGAUACCUCGAGGUGUGCGACGCUCUGCUGGCGAACAAAGCCUUCAUCAACUCGAAGUCGCGCGUGGGGCGCACGGCGCUGCACUUGGCCGCGAUGAACGGCAACACGCACCUGGUGCGCUUCCUGGUGCAGGACCACGGCGCCGCGAUCGACGUGCUCACCCUGCGCAAGCAGACUCCGCUACACCUGGCCGCGGGCGCCGGCCAGCUCGAGGUCUGCAAGCUGCUGCUGGAGCUCGGCGCGAGCAUCGACGCGACCGACGACCAGGGCCAGAAGCCCAUUCACGCCGCGGCGAUGAACAACUACGCGGAGGUCGCCCAGCUGUUUCUACAGAGACACCCGAGCCUCGUGAUGGCCUGCACGAAGGACGGCAACACCUGCGCGCACAUCGCCGCCAUGCAGGGCUCGGUGCGCGUGAUCGAGGAGCUGAUGAAGUUCGACCGCCAGGGUGUCAUAUCCACGCGCAACAAGCUCACCGAGGCGACCCCGCUGCAGCUUGCCGCCGAGGGCGGCCACGCCGAAGUGGUGAAGGCCCUGGUGCGCGCCGGCGCCUCUUGCGCCGAGGAGAAUCGCGCUGGCUUCACGGCCGUGCACUUGGCCGCCCAGCAUGGGCACGGACAGGUGCUCGAGGUCAUGCGCUCGUCGCAGAGCCUCAGGAUCUCCAGCAAGAAACUCGGCGUCACGGCCCUGCACGUGGCCGCCUACUUUGGACAAGCUGACACGGUGAGAGAGCUGCUGACCCACGUGCCGGGCACGGUGAAAUCAGACCCACCGACCGGCGGUUCGCUCGUCGGCGAAUUAGGACCCGAGUCCGGAAUGACGCCGCUGCAUCUGGCCGCCUAUUCCGGCAACGAGAACGUCGUCAGAUUGCUCUUGAACUCUGCCGGCGUGCAGGUCGAAGCCGCGACAACGGAGAACGGGUACAAUCCAUUGCACUUGGCCUGUUUCGGUGGUCACAUCACGGUGGUCGGCCUGCUGCUGAGCAGAUCGGCGGAGCUACUGUACAGCGCGGACCGCGCCGGCAAGACCGGACUGCACAUCGCCGCGACCAACGGCCACUACCAGAUGGUCGAGGUGCUGCUCGGCCAGGGCGCCGAGAUCAAUGCCACGGACAAGAACGGCUGGACGCCGCUGCACUUCGCCGCGCGGUCCGGGCACCUCGACGUCGUGCAGCUGCUCGUGCAGAGCGGCGCCUCCCCCAAGAGCGAGACCAACCUGAACUGCGCGCCAAUCUGGUUCGCCGCCUCCGAGGGCCACAACGACGUGCUCAAGUACCUCAUGGAGAAGGAGCACGACACCUACGCGCUCAUGGACGACCGGAGAUUCGUCUACAACAUGAUGGUGUGCAGCAAGAGCCACAACAACAAGCCCAUCGAGGAGUUCGUGCUAGUGUCACCGGCGCCCGUCGACACCGCCGCCAAACUGUCCAACAUCUACAUCAAGCUGUCGGAGAAGGAGAAGGAGCGCGCCAAGGAUCUCAUUGCCGCCGGAAAGCAGUGCGAGGCGAUGGCCACGGAGCUGCUGGCAUUGGCAGCGGGCGCAGACUCCGCGGGCCGCAUCCUCACGUCGAUGGACCGUCGCAACGUGGAAUUUCUCGACGUGCUCAUCGAGAACGAGCAGAAAGAAGUGAUCGCGCAUACGGUGGUCCAGCGCUACUUGCAGGAGCUCUGGCGCGGAAGUCUCAACUGGAACGCCUUUCGCACGAUGCUACUCUUCAUCCUCUUCAUCAUCUGCCCGCCCGUUUGGGUCGUCUUCGCGUUGCCGCUCGGCCACAAGUACAACAGCGUGCCCAUCAUCAAGUUCAUGUCCUAUCUCACUUCUCACAUCUACCUCAUGGUGUUCCUCGCCCUCGUCGCCAUCGUGCCAGUUUACCCGGUGAACCGGAAUCCUCUAGUCCCAUACUGGUACGAAUGGUGCCUGCUCGUGAUGCUGUCUGGACUGUUGCUGUUCGAGCUGACCAAUCCAAGCGACAAGAGUGGCCUCGGCUGGAUCAAACUGGCCGUUUUGCUUUUCGGCAUCUUCGGCGUGGCCUUCCACUUGCUCGGCUACUUUGGCAUCGUGCACAUCGACAAUUACGGCACACUCAUCUACCUCAGAAACCAGUUGUUCGCGCUGAGCUUUCUGCUCGCCUGCGUGCAGAUCCUCGACUUCCUCUCGUUUCACCAUCUCUUCGGGCCGUGGGCCAUCAUCAUCGGCAACCUGAUGAAGGAUCUCGCCAGGUUCCUCGCUGUCUUGGCCAUCUUCGUCUUCGGUUUCUCCAUGUUCUUCGUGGCGCUCAACCAAGCCUUCAAUACCAAACAAGAGACCGUAAGAUCUCGUAAACCCAGCGCCUUCUCGGAUGCGGUAGAUGUGGUGAAAAACAUCUCGCAAUACGUGGAACUGUUCGACAUGAACGAACUACCAGCGAUGAAGAUGACAAUGACAACGACGCCGUCAGAGCCAAUGACUGUAAAGCCAACGCACCGUAGGCAGAUGUUCGGCAAAUACAAGAAACAGAAUGCUUGCUGCGACGAAAGCUCCCGAGACCUGAAAAUGAACCCGAUGCUCGCCUUCGAGUACCUGUUCUUCGCGGUGUUUGGCCAGACGACCCACAGCGAGUUGAAGGUCGAGCAGCAGCAGCCCGAGUGGACGUCGAGUCUGUUCAAGCUGGCGUUCGGCAUCUACAUGCUGGUGUCGGUGGUGGUGCUCAUCAACCUACUGAUCGCCAUGAUGAGCGACACUUAUCAGAGGAUUCAGGCGCAGUCGGACAUCGAGUGGAAGUACGGACUGAGCAAGCUGAUUAGAAAUAUGCAUAGAACGACGACAGCACCGUCGCCGUUGAAUCUGUUCACCACGUGGAUCGUCUACUUCAUCAAGCAGUGCCAACAGCGAACCGCCAGCAAGAAGCGCCCGUCGUUGGUGCACAUGAUGGGCCUGCAGCGCGCCGGUCGCAUGUCGCCGCGCUCGAAAAUGGGUGCCAAAUGGCUGUCGAAGGUGAAGAAGGGCCAGGUGCGCCCCAACAAGGACAGCGUCACGCUCUCGGUGGUCCACCUCAGUCCGCUCGGCAGCCAGCUGUCGUUCAACAGCACCACGAGGAUCGAGAGCGUCGUCGACUGGGACGCCAUUCGGAAGAAGUACUUGGCGCUCACCGGCCAAGAGCCGGAGAAGGAGCCGGAGAAAGAAGACAACGAGAAGGAGGACGAGCAGCAGAAGCACGACGAGUCGAGCAGCGCCUACGGCGCGCAGACCGUCGCCGGCGGAUCGGUGCCACCAAUCUAAGCCGCGCGUCGACCAAUUCCGUUUUGCCAAAACAGACAGAAGAAAAGACAAAAUACAACAACAACAGCAACAACAACCAACCCAUACAAAGUAGUAUGUAACGCGAUUGCGCGAUCAAGUAGUCGAUCGAUAGGUCUUUGCUGGCUCUGUAGCGCAUACCGACGAGGAGGGAGAAUAAUGAAUUUUUAAGAGCGAGAGAGAGAGAGGGAAAAAGAGAGAGAGAGAGAGCGAGAAAAGAGUUGAGAGAGGACAUAGGGACGACGAAACGAACCAGGCGCCCUCGCCGCUGAACCUGGCGAGCUCGUGGACGAUCUACCUGUACCGGCUGUGCAAGCGGCGCAGGGAGAAGCAGGAGCGGCCCUCGCUGAUCCACAUGAUGGGCCUGCGCCGG